UUUGUUUACUUUUUUAUUAAUUCUAGCGCAAUAGGCUUCACUUAAACGUCAAGAAUUUGAUUUUUAUUAAUAAUUCUGUGAAUAUAUCAAAUAGUCAUUAUAAGUAUCAACAAUACUAGGGUGGGGGGGGGUGUUUUUUUAAUUAUUUUUUUGUGUUUUGAGUUAAAUGCCUUGAAGCGUCAUGUGUUUUUUGGGAAUUCUAGGAAAGGCAAAUGCGCAUUUUGAAGGUGGUUUACAGUCAGUCAGUCCUCUUGAGAAGGUCCUUCGGCAGUAUUCAAAGUGCUUGAGAUAAUGAAUUUGUAAACACGGUGUCCAAUCAGUCCCAAAUCUAGGCUAGAUAAGAGCCACUAUAAUCACCGAAGUAUAUAUACUAUCUGACCAUUACCCUUUACAGAUUCAUUGUUUCAGUUCGGAAAUUUCUUCUGCAUUUUACUGGAUAAGCAUUGACGUGCCAAGAUGGCUUGCAAUUGCCAGGGGACACCCAUGGGUCCAACACUCGCUGAAGUGUGUGGUGGAGGGGCAUUCUGGGUGUUCAUGAGCGUAUUCGAGGCUUUUCUUCGAACCCAAUGCGACAUUGAAGACCCAUGCGGAAGACCGAAGGAAACUGAAGUGGUUUUACCAGCAUACGAUUUUAUAGUGAUUGGAAGCGGCGCAGCUGGUGCAGUGGUCGCCAGUAGACUAUCGGAAGUACCAGACUGGAAAGUCCUGUUGAUAGAAGCCGGUUGGGACGAACCCACGGGAACUCAAGUUCCACCCCUUUAUGUCAACUAUAUUGGAUCUCCCAUCGACUGGGGUUAUUAUACUGAACCGGAAUCCGAAGCCUGUCUCAACCACGACAAUCAAAGGUGUUACUGGCCCAGAGGAAAGGUAAUGGGAGGUACAACCGUGCUGCAUGGCAUGAUGUACACCAGAGGGAAUCGGUAUGACUAUGAUAAUUGGGCAGCUUUGGGAAACCCCGGUUGGAGUUACGAAGAAGUCAUGCCAUAUUUCCUCAAGAGCGAAGACAACAAGCAGUUCAACGAAAUGGAGAGGGGCUAUCACGGUCUCGGCGGUCCUUAUACCAUAACACAAUUCCCAUCUCAUCCACCUUUUGCUAACGCUCUCAUCCAAGCCGGCGACGAACUGGGAUACUCCCCGAAAGAUUUGUGUGGCAGAAACCAGACCGGUUUCAUGAUAACGCAGACCACAAACAUGAACGGAGUUCGUCAGAGUUCUGCCCAUGCGUACAUAAGACCAGUUCACAGAAGACCCAACUUGCACAUCCUUUACAACUCAACGGUGACGAGACUCCUCAUAGAUAACGACACGAAAAGCGCCUAUGGCGUGCAGUACAUGAAAAACGGAAAGUUUCAUAACGUAAAUGCAACCAAAGAAGUUGUUGUAUCAGGAGGUUCUGUAAAUUCACCCCAACUUCUCCUUCUUUCCGGUAUUGGUCCAAUGGACCAUCUUCACGAAGUGGGAGUUCCCCUAAUGCACCAUCUGCCAGGCGUUGGAGAAAAUCUUCACAAUCACGUCGCGUACAAUAUGACGUUUUAUCUGAACGAAGCCAACACAAGGCUCCUAGAUUGGGCGAGUGCCAUGCAGUACAUCUUGUACAGAAACGGCGCGUUAAGCAGCACAGGGUUAACGCAAGUUACCGGAUUUAUCAAGACUAAAUAUGCCAAUCAGACGGAAGAUAAUCCCGACAUUCAGUAUUUCUUCCACGGUUACUCUCCCGACUGUUCCGAAACUGGUACUGUCGGUGAACUGAUCAACAACAAUUCCAGAGCGUUUUUGAUGUGCCCAACCCUUAUAAAACCGAAGAGUCGAGGUUUUCUUAGGUUACGUAGCGCUGAUCCCAUGAUGUCCCCGGCCAUUUACGCUAGAUACUUCACGGAUCCCGACGAUGUCAAAGUACUGGUCGAAGGUGUGAAAUUUGCCACAAAAUUCGUCAGUACGAAAGCAAUGAAAAAGUAUGGACUUAGGCUAGACAUGACCCCUGUGAAGGGUUGCGAGGAUCUCGAUUUCGGUUCGGACGCCUAUUGGGUUUGUGCCGCUAAGAGAAAUACCGCUCCAGAGAAUCACCAAGCUGGAACCUGUAAGAUGGGACCCAGUUCCGAUCCUAUGGCGGUUGUAAAUCAUCGAUUGCAGGUUCACGGAAUAGACCGUUUGAGAGUAAUAGACAUGAGUAUAAUGCCUCAAGUGGUCUCGGGAAAUCCUGCAGGUCCUACCACCAUGAUCGGUGAAAAAGGAGCGGACAUGAUCAAGCAGAGGUGGAUGGCAGCGGAACGAUCGGUCGUGAUUAGCGCUAGUCAAUAGUUGUAAAUAUGUAGUAAAUAAUAAUGGAGUUAGAAAUAUUUACAGUUAGAUUUAGUAGAGAGAAAUAACUGAUACUCCCGUAUAUUUUAUCUAAUGAAUGAUUUAUAUUUUUUAUGGUUUACAAUGAAUGAAUAGACUUGUAUAAAAAAAC